AUGGAUGAAGAAUUAAUUGUAUUAAAAUCAAUUUAUCUAGAGGAUUUAAUUAUCAGCAAUGACAAAGAAACAUUUGUCAAUAUAAGAAUCUAUUCGAAUGGUGAUGAAAAUGAUUUCGAUCAUGAUAAACGUCUAUUGUAUGUUACAUUAAUAGCUGAACUUCCAUCUUGCUAUCCGGAAAUUGAGUCACCAAAAAUAACUCUUUGUCAAUCUCGUGGUUUAAAAGAUGAACAAUUAAAUGAAUUAAAUUCAUUAAUAUCUUCGUGUCUUGAAUUAAAUUAUGGUUCAUGUGUACUUUAUGAAUGUAUUGAAUUAAUACGUUCGAAAUUAUCGUCCUAUGAAUUACCACAUGAAGCCUGCGCUAUAUGUUUAACAUCAAUUGAUAAUCGAAAUGAUAUUAUAAAAACAAACUGUCAUCAUUUUUAUCAUAAACAUUGUCUUGCAUCAUAUGCAAAAUUGAAAAAAGUUGAAUUAGAAGAAAAAUUUCAAGAACUAAUAAAUAAUAAAUUUUUCAUUGAAAAAGAUUUUCGUAAUGAUAUUGAAGAUCCUGUGUGUCGACAAAUACUUUCAAGUAAUAUCAUUGAACAAUUACUGUCGUCAUCCUCUAUGAAAAUCAUUAAUGACAAUCACGAAAAUGAAGAAUUAAUCAGAAAUCUUUCGCCUACGAUGAGACAAUGGCAAGAGAAAAUGAAUGCUCUCUUUCAACAGCAAAAAGAAAAAGGUGGAAUUAUUGAUCUCGAUAGAAAUCAAGAGAUUAUAUUUACUUAG